AGUGUCCCCAAGUGACGGACCUCCCCUCAAUUCACGAAACAUGGCUGUGAUAGUCAGACUUAUACCCCCAACCUCGGUCCUGCUCGUGCUGGUGCUCCUCUGUAUGCCUGGGACGUGGGCUGACUACGAGAAGAAGCCACGCGGACAUUCAGUGUAUUUUAUCCCUGAGUCCCAAGCGAGUGAGAAAUCGUACACAGUGAGCAAGUCUUUGGAGGUUUCCGACGAUCGAGAACCUCGACCAGAAUCCGAUUCUUAUUCAAAUGUACUCUCUGAUGGCCAUUCCGCCGAAGAAGAGCCCGUCCCUGACCCUGAGGUGUACGAAUUCGAGUACGGCGUGAAAGACAACAGCACGGGACAAGUGUUCUCCCACAAGGAGGGACGAGAGGGUCCUGACACCCAGGGAGAAUACCGGGUCCUCUUACCAGAUGGAAGGUAUCAAAUCGUGGAAUAUACUGCAGAUAAACUGGGCUAUCGAGCCAAGGUGAGCUUCGAAGGAGAUAAAACUCAAUCGUAUCCUGGGUCGACACCCAGACCCUCGUACACACCCCCACCUCAGUACUUCCAAAGACGGCAGGCGAAGAAAAUCGAAGCUCCGGCAAGUCAUCUGUACAAUAGCACCCAUAUUGCAUCUGAUCAUUACAUCAAGGUGUAUCACCCUCCGCGAAAGAGCGUGCUACAUGAAGCGACGAAACAAGAGUAUCAUGAGACGGUGAAUGACCAGUAUUUGUCAGGAACCAGGUACACCCGCCCUCCUCCACCUUCAACACCCAUAUCAGAAACUUACGUUCCGCCACCCUCACCCGAGUACCAGCCACCACACCCCGCACCCAUUUACGAUCUACCCACAACGACGACUACCACAAUCAGUCCUCCGCCUGUGGAGUAUCCUCAACCCCCUCCAAUUUACCCACCUCCACUCGCGCAUCGCGCUGUUCCAGCAUAUGCCACAGCCCCACCACCGGCAUACACCCCACCUCCGCCUCCACCCGUCUAUUACACGACUACCAUCACGACCACAACCCCAAAGCCAAGUUAUUAUUCUUCUUCAGCAAAAAAAGAAUCGGAAUCCCACGAAAGCAACUCCACAUAUUACACGGUGGAAGUAAACGGGAAGGGGGAAGAUGACGGGCCUCCUAUUCAGGUGAUAGUGAAACCACACAAUGUGAUCAGCAUCACUUAUUCCCGUCCUCAUGCGAAUCAACCUCAGACGCACAUCCAAGUCCAACACAAUAGCGCCGUGAAUACGUCCGAUUCCGUCUCCGAAUCCUACUCCCAAAGCCAACACACUCAUACACACAAAGCUACUUCUUAUAAACCAAUCACGGUGAGUCGACCAGUGUACGUAAAGACAUCAGCAGAUGCUUCAUCUUCAACGCGCACGUCAACAAAUCACCAUUACAUAUCGGAAGCGAGCCAGAGUCAUGAAGUCGUAACAACAGCUGAUUAUGCCCCGUCUGCUCACGUCUAUCAUACGUAUAAAGGUCCCGUUAUCUCCAUCCCUUCCUACAAGGCUCACACUGUUCAUCAUCAUCAUCAGACGAAUGGUCAGCCGUAUGGAAGUCAUGAAGCUAAUUACGACUUGGUGAUUGGGUAUAACAAGAACUACCAGCCGAUCAUGUUAUCCUGUCCACGUGUCUACCUCCUCCUCCUCAUUCAAAUUUUGCAGCACUUCACACGUGUGCCGAUAUGCUGGGGAAUCCAAAUGAAGGACAUGGAAAUCCCUUCAUACGUGAAGGAAGGAGGGAAGGCCGUAAUCUCCUGCAACUUCGACUUGGAAGGGAUCCCCCUCUAUGCCGUCAAAUGGUAUAAGGACAACACGGAGUUCUAUCGUUUCGUCCCACAUCGCCAGCCUUCCAUUCAGACCUUCCGGGUCUCUGGCAUUCAGAUCGACGUGAGUGGGUCCAACGCGUCUACGAUCCUCUUACGAGAUGUGGAUCUCCGUACUACCGGUCUCUUCCGGUGCGAAGCGAUCACGGAAGGACCCGCUUUCCGGACUGUCGUGGCCGAAGCAUCCAUGCAAGUCGUGGCGCCACCCGAGAAACCUCCAAUCGUGGAAGGGCUGAGAGACAGUUACGGCGUGGGGGAAUGGAUCCGGGCCAAUUGCACCUCGUAUCCUUCCCAGCCCCCGGCCUCCCUCAUGUGGUACAUCCGCGAGAACAUGGCGCCCCGUGAGAUGCUGAGGGAAUACUUGCCGCUGGGGGUGUCUCGAGGCCUGGAAGUGUCACGAUUGGGGCUGGAGAUGAAAGUCCGAGACCAGGGAAUUCAAGGGACGUUAUUGAAAUGCACGGCAUCAAUCUCCAACAUCUAUUGGGAGAGUGUGACCAUCCUGAAUUCCGGAGUCAUUCGCCAAGGCAUGGUCCCACUCUGCAUAUCAUCUGCUUCCUCUUCUCUUUACACUAUCUGCUUUAUCGUCUUCGUCCUCUUCUAAGGGAAUUAUAAUAGAUCCAAAAGCCUUUUUCCCCGCCUACCUGCAGUGAUAUCCUGAAUAUUCUCCCUUGUCUCACUCACGUAGAAAUCGAUCUUCUCGAGUGUGUAGCAUGGCAAUAGCAUGUAUAUAGUUCCUG